AUGAAUGCUCCAGAGUCCGACCGAACUUUCUCGCCCAAGCAGGCCUUGACACCUACACCAGAGCUCUACGGUGAGAUUGUCGGUGAUGGCAUGGAACGUCUUGCUGCUGCGUCUCUGUCCUGCACUGAGCCCUUCGGUCACUCCGAAGUCAUCUUUCACGAUGUCGGUUGUGGGCUCGGAGCCGGCACCGGAGCCAUCAUAAAUUUGAAACAAGACGGUAUUGUCAUCAAAGGCACCGACAUUAACGAGGACGUCUUGGAACUAUACCGACAAAACAUAGCUGCAAAUGAGUGGCCUGCCGAGGCUCUCAAGAUGGACGCAUCGAAGCUCGAAUUCCCCGAUGAGACGUUCACCCACUGCAUUGGCAAUGCGCUACUAUUCGUUCUUGAGAAUGACGGCGUAGACGCGAUUAAAGAGAUACACCGCACCUUGAAACCCGGCGGUGUUGCCAUUCUCAACUCAUGGGCUCAUACUCCCACUAUUCCCGCGAUUCAUGCAGCAGCGAAAAAGACUCGACCGGCUGGUACGCCUCUGCCACGAGAAGGGCUGGAUAAAUGGGAAGACAAGCACUUUUUGCGGGAUGUUAUCAUCAAAGGGGGGUUCAAACCAGAAAAAGUGAAGUUCACGCGGAAGGAUGUUAAUGUUACUAUCGGGGAUCUUAGGCGAUUUGCGACCAUGAUAUGGAGCUUUAUUGGAGGUACUUCCAAGGCGGGAUGGCUUGAGUCGGAUGAGGAGAACUGGGAUGCAGCUAUUGAUGCAGUCGUGAAAGCGCUGACUCAGACAGAAGGGUAUGAGAAGCUUGAGGAGGGGAAGAAUAAGAUCAUGUUCCAGGCUCAUGUUGCCGUUGCUACCAAGUAG